AUGGCAUUUUCUCGUGCAGAACGGAAAAAACUACUGCGGGACAGGGAGCUGCUUCCCCCACUGGCAGAAAGCCCAUUUGGGCCCUUUCCACCCGGCCAUGGCGUAAAGAACGGGACCACAGUCGUCAGGGGCCCGGGCAUUGCUCCCUCUGCCUCGGCAAAGAUGCCGUCGACAACUGAAAAGCGCCACGGCGGCGGGGGGGAGGCGGCAGGGGUGGAGAGUGUGCCAGCAAGGCACAUUCUCGUGGGGCACACCGGAACAGGCGGUAUGAACUUCAGCACCUUCAAGGGGAACGGUGAGAAUAUCCGCUCUCAAAGCGACGGGCGUUUUGGCGAUCCAAAUGGCCCAGGGAAGGCGGGGGCGUUGAAGAAGCAAAAGAUUCCACCCACGGAGUUUCGAAGUCACUAUGAACGUGGGGAUCUUCCGUUGUCCAUCCAACAGGCCGCGACUCGUUCCCUGUUGUGGCGCGUGAACGUGGCCACAUUGGAUUAUCAUUAUUUUUUGCCCAUAUUUUUUGAUGGCCUUCGAGAGCUUGAGGAGCCGUUUCGCUUUGUGGCCACCCAAGGCUGCUACGAUCUCCUUGAAAGGGGAGGGUCAAAAAUUCUUCCGACCAUUCCUCAGCUCAUUUUGCCCAUUAAGACGGCACUCAACACACGCCACCCCACAGUCAUCGUAAACAUUUUGAAAGUUAUUCAGAGGCUCGUACUGAGUGCCGACUACGUUGGGCAGGCCCUGGUACCGUAUUACAGGCAAAUUCUCCCAAUUUUCAACCUUUACAAGGAUCGAAAUAAGAACUUAGGCGACCGCAUCGACUUCUCGCAGAGGAAGAGGCAAAACAUCAGUGAUCUUAUAAAUGAGACUCUUGUUUUGCUAGAGCGGCACGGCGGCGAGGCCGCCUACAUCAAUAUCAAAUACAUGAUCCCGACGUACGAGUCCGGAAUCGCGUAG